UGUGACAAAUGCUUCUGUAAAAACAUUUAAAUAAAUAAAUGUGAGCUUGAAAUAGUGAUAUUGAAUAAACUGUUUGUACGAACUGUUAAUUAACUGAGGCUUUUUUUCAAUUCCAGGUUUCUGUCUUCAACUUUUAACUUUCAGACAUCAAAAGCUAAGUUAUAAAAAUCUAUUAUAUGGUGGAGGGAGGUUGGUGGAUUUUCCCCCAGUAAAUAUUUGGAGCUUCAGGGAGGGGUAAAAAAAAAAAAAAGAGUUGCACCCAGUCACCCCUUCCUCUGAUAAAUAAAGAACAGUCCCUAAAGUUCUAUAGAUCCCCCAUUCAACUUUUCUAUUCAAGCAACUUGAAAAGAACUCAUUACUUCCUGGGGGGAAAUCUCCUUCCUUAGCAACAGUAACUGAGAGGGGCGGGGCUUAUAACAGGGUGGCUUCUUAAGACUCAGCCCAGGACAUCAGAGUCCAGAGAGGAGGAGCAGUAGAGGAGCGGAAUGGAGGAGGACAAGCAGAACCCGGAGCACCGGAGCAACAAGGUCCCCAAAAGACAAGCAGCAGGCUCGUCCUCUGAUAGCAGCGAUGUUGAGGAACAGAGAGGAAGAGAGGAACUUAUACAUCACCACCGUGACAAAUCCUUCACAACAUCUGGAUCUUUAAAAAUUCAUCAAAGAGUUCAAACUGGAGAGAAACCAUACAGCUGCGACCACUGUGAGAAAACAUUUUUGCGCUGCAGUGCCCUCAAAGCCCAUCAACGCAUUCACAUUGAUGGGGAACUGUCCAGUUUUUUCCAAAGUGGGAAGGAUUUCACAGAGUCAGGGACGUCAAAAAAACAAGACAUUGACACAGCAGAGAAACUCUUUAGCUGUGAUCAAUGUGAGAAAGCUUUCACCACUCUACGUAGCUUAAAAAGUCACCACUGUGUUCACACUGCAGAGAAGUUGCACUACUGUGAUCAGUGUGGGAAAACUUUUUCGCAACGCACGUCCCUUGAAACUCACCAAAGAAUUCACACAGGAGAGAAACCGUACAGCUGUGAUCAAUGUGGCAAAGCGUUUCGACAUUCAAGUAGCUUGAAAACCCACCAACGUAUUCACACAGGAGAGAAACCAUACGGGUGCGACCAAUGUGGGAAAAAGUUUUCCCAAAUGGGACCCUUAAUAUAUCAUAAAUAUAUUCACACAGGGGAGAAACGAUACAGCUGUGAUCAGUGUGGCAAAGCCUUUGCACAGUCAUGGGCCUUAAAAAACCACAAACGCAUUCACACAGGAGAGAAACCAUACAGCUGUGAUCAAUGUGGCAAAGCCUUUGCACAGUCAGGGGCCUUAAAAAAACACAAACGCAUUCACACAAGAGAGAAACCGUACAGCUGUGAUCAAUGUGGCAAAGCCUUUGCACAGUCAGGGGCCUUAAAAAAACACAAACGCAUUCACACAGGAGAGAAACCGUACAGCUGUGAUCAAUGUGGCAAAGCCUUUGCACAGUCAGGGGUCUUAAAAAUCCACCAACGUAUUCACACAGGAGAGAAGCCGUACUGGUGUGACCAAUGUGGAAGAUUAUUUGCCCGGUGCAGUCAUUUGAGAACCCACCAAUGCCGGCAUGCAGGAGAGAACCCAUACAGCUGUGACUAGUGUGAGAAAGCUUUUAUCGAAUGGUUUGACCUAAAAAUCCACCAAAGUGUUCACACCAGAGAGAACCCGUCCUGAUGUGACCAAUGUUGGUAGUGACAUUAAAGCCCACAAAUGUGUUUACUCUGCAUUGUUUUGGACAUUUUCAGGGUCAGGCAAACAUCUUCCUACUGCUUCCUCUCUAUGCCCUGAUAGCUGUGUUGAUAUCUUACUUUUGUCAUUGAUUAAUUUAUGUUUUUUAUUUCAACUGUAACCCUAUGUUGGACCACCAGAUUCCUUCCUGUAGGACUCCCAUGUGUGAGAGCUGAUGUAGAGGCAGAUAAUGUAUUGUUCUAUAUCAAAUGUAAAAAUAAUGUCAGUUGCAAAAGGUCUUAGAAACAGUUGACCAGAUGUCAAAUUUCACAAUAGGAAGGACUCCUUGUAAGAAGUUGUUUUUGAAUACUGUCAAGUUGUUGUACUUUGGAAUUACUGGGAAGGACUCAUUUUAAGGAAUUGUUUUUGUAAUGUUGAGUAAUUCUUGUGCGAUCACAACCAACCUUCUACAACCAACAGAGAUAUGUCGACUACACAUUUGAAGUUCUUAAGCAAUUAGGUCAGCAACUGCAUGAAACCAGUGCCAUGGCGUGGUAGAGUAGGCAAGCUUUACAUUGGAUUUUAGCAGAAAUAGGGGGAGUAUGUAAAAUGUUCGGGACUCUCUGUUGUCCGCUUAUUUCGAAUAACACUUGGCCUGAUGGAACAUUUUCUGUUGCUAUGAGUAAGCUUGAAGCCUUAAAAUCUGAAAUGACUGAAAAUGCUGGUAAGAGUGGAAGAAUCAAGUGGGAUGGGUUAGAGGAAAUUUUGGAAAAUGGGGAGCCGUUUUGGCUACAACAGGGAUAAUUGUACUGAUAGUACUAAUUCUGUUUUCCUUAUUGACAUGUUGCAUCGUGCCUAUCCUGACGAAAUGGUGUGAGAGAGCAAUGGACAAGAAGCUGAACCUUGUAACGGGCAUACAAGGAGCACAAAUGCGAAGUAUGCUAAUCCCUGAACAAUUGGUGCGCAGAGUUCUGGCGCAGAGGGGGGAGGAAAUACCAGAUUUAUUAUUCAAAUGACAAGGAGGAACAGUGAGAGCGAGAGAUGAACAAUGGCUGAUACUCUCUCCUGGAAGAGAGGACGGGGAAUAUAUACACCACAACCACAUACUAGAUAUCACAAACAAGAGACUGUGAACAAUAUACUCCACCACUCUGACACCAUUUUCUGUAUUCAUUUUUUUAUUUUUUCUGUAUUCAUCUUUGUGUUUUGAUUUUACAAGAGGGAAAUGUACUCUGAUUUUGACUUAGCAAGUUAUGCAUAUUAUCCAAAAUGAUUUCUGUGAUUCCAUUAUAAUCUAAUAAGUAAGUUGCAUUUUAUCUGGUGUAUUUGAUCCAUCUGUUGAAAAUUCAUCUGUUAGGCCGCCUAACGGGAGGGGGCCGAUGGGGGACUUUUCCUGGAUUCAACAGCCGCCAGGUUUUUCGUAGAGAUGUACCGAUACCACUUUUUCCUUCCUGAUACUGAUUCCGAUCCCUGAACCUUAGGUAUC